AUGACUAAGGGCAGGACGCCCAAGGAAUUUAUUCCUGACUAUGCUGCGAGCAACGUCGGUGCUGAUUUUGAACUCUGGCUCGAGGACAUAAAUGAUUUCCUUUCAAUCAGUGAAGUGACGGCAGCAGCUGACAAGAAACGCUUGUUCUUGAAUCUGGCUGGAUUAGCAGUGAGGCGCAUUGUGAAAGGUCUGGUUGUCACGGUGGAGCAGACACAAGAUGGCUCACCUGGAGAUGAGUACCAAGCCUUGACGGACGCAUUGUUGGCACACUUUCGACCGUCAACAAAUGUCACGUCUGAACGUCACAAAUUCCGCCAACUCCGCCAAAUGGAGGGCGAGUCGGUGACUUCGUUCGUUGGGCGGCUGAGAGAAAAGGCAGAUGUUUGCGAAUUCAGCUCCACUUCUGUGGAUACCAUUGUCAACUGCCAAAUUCGAGACCAGCUGAUCGUGGGCCUGCGUUCUGUUGAGCUUCGAAAGGAGCUGCUGAAACAGUCGAAGCUGACCCUGAACGACGCCGUCACCAAGUCAGUGGCGUUGGAAGCGUCGAUUACUGACAGUAAACUGUACGAUAGUACCAGAGCUAGUGACGCACCGCCUGUGUUCCCCGUGCCCAUCCAGCGUGUGCAAGCUGUCUCUGCAGCUGGUUCUGGAUCAGAGGGAAAGAAGUGCAAAUACUGCGGACGUAGUCACAAACCAGGCAUGCGUAACUGUCCUGCGGCCAACGUCACCUGCAACAAGUGUGGCAAGCGAGGGCAUUUUGCAGCGGUCUGCAUGUCAAACAAAGUGGAAAGACACGAAGAAAGAGCCCGGCCAGUAGAGGAUGAGCCUGAUGAGUAUGAGCAUGCAAGUCGCAUGUACGACUCCGCUUUCGCCGUCAGUAGCUCGGCACUCGCAGGCGACAAGACAUUCCAGACUACACUCAAAGUCAAUGGUGAGCUGUGCACUGGACUGUUAGACACAGGUGCAACUCGGACGAUCCUCACUGAUGAUGUGAUCAAGCCCACGCGCAAGAGUGACCGCUUGCUGAAAGCGUACAAUGGCGGUGUCGUAGAGACUUUGGGCAUGGCUGACGUCCACAUUUCACAUGGUGGCAAGAACGUGAAGUGCAGUUGUUUCGUGGUAGCAGCCAGUCAGCACUCCGUUCUCUUCGGACAGGAUGUCAUCAAGGAGCUGAACCUCCUGUCACAAGCAAACGUGGUGAACGUGUCACCCAUCGAAAUCUCUCUGGAAGACGGUUCAAAGCCUCUAGCCCAGCCACCACGACGCCCAGCUUUCAGUAUCCGGGCUGACAUCGAGACCGAGCUGAAACGGCUGACCAAGUUGGAUAUCAUUGAACCCGUCAAGGAAGCCACGCCGUGGGUGUCACCACUUGUUCCAGUCCGCAAACCGAAUGGAGCAUUGCGACUAUGCGUGGACUACAGAGAACUGAAUAAGAGAGUUACACGUGAGCGCAACGUUCUUCCAACCGUUGACGAGAUCACAGCUCAGCUUGAUGGCGCAGGGGUCUUCUCAGUUCUGGAUGCGGAAUCUGGAUUCCAUCAGCUACUCUUGUCAGAAGAAGCAAGGCCUCUAACGACUUUCUCAUCGCACUGUGGCCUGUUCCGUUUCAAGCGUUUACCUUUCGGUAUUGCAUGUGCGCCUGAGAUUUUCCAGCGAGUGGUGUCCGACAUUCUGGAAGGCCUGCCAGGAGUCAUCGUCUACAUCGACGACAUCCUAGUGUUUGGCUCCAAUCAAGCAGAACACGAUGCACGGCUAGAAGCAGUCAAGCAGCGACUGCGAGCAGCUAACCUCCAACUCAACUGGACCAAGUGCCGACUGAACCAGGACCGUGUGAAGUAUCUGGGACAUUGGCUAAGUGCGACCGGCUUGUCCCCAGAUGAUGACAAGUUACAAGCCAUCCAGGAGCUGGCCCCUCCGAAAUCUAUCUCUGAUGUGCGACGGUUCCUGGGGAUGGCUACGUACCUUGGAAAGUUCAUUCCGAACUUGGCCCAGAUCACGGCUUCUCUGCGCAGGCUAGCAAAGCGUGAUCCCUUCAGUGUGGAUGAUGAAGUCCUGCAGGCAUUCGCCUCAGCAAAGGCUGGUAUAGCGUCAGCUUUGCAAGCGUUGGCAUUCUUUCAACCAGCAUUGGACGUCCCUACUGCUAUCAGCUGUGAUGCAUCGCCAGACGGUUUGGGAGCAGUCCUGUGGCAGAAGAAUACCAGUGGCUGUUGGGUACCAGUGACAUGUGCCAGUCGCUCUCUAUCAGAUGUUGAGUCACGCUAUUCUCAGCUGGAACGAGAGAUGCUGGGAGUGGUAUUCGGCCUGACUCGCUUUCGGCAGUAUGUACUAGGCCGAGAAGUGCAAGUGUUUACGGAUCACAAGCCGCUUAUUUCUAUCGUCCAGAAGCCGUUCGACGAAGUGCCACCGAGGCUUCAGAGAUGGCUGGUCGCAUUGAUGCCCUAUCGCUACAGCUUGGUGUUCGUCCCUGGCCAGCAGAUGGUUUGUGCUGACACUCUCUCUCGAGCUCCUCUACCUGAUCGCACAGCUUCACCUGCAGAGGCACGUUCAAUGGCGGAAUUCGUUAGUCUCAUUCUCGAGGCUUGUCCGGUUCGUUCCAAGGAUAUUCGCCAGGCCACGGACUCUGAUCCGACACUGAGCAGCGUCCGACAAAGAGUGGGCACAUCAGUUUGGUCAGGGUGCAUCCAAACGGAAGAGCCUUACUUCCUGCUACGCCAUCAGCUGACAGUCAUUGAAGGGAUUGUCAUGCUAGACAAUCGCUACGUCAUUCCAGAAGAGCUCCGCCCAGCGGUGCUGCGACUAGCACAUGAAGGUCAUCCAGGCAUCGAUGCAUUCCGGGAUACCCUUCGCGAACGGGUUUGGUGGCCAGGUCUCAUGAAGGAUGCCAAUCUGUUUGCAGAGAAAUGCUCUGAAUGCUGGCGUAAACGCUCCAAUCCAGCGCAACAGCUCCUCCCUACAGAGAUAGAAGGUGUCUGGCAGAAACUGGCCAUUGACCUUGUUACCAUUGAGGGAGCCACGUUCCUGUCUGCUAUUGAUUAUGGUUCCCGCUGGCCAGAGCUUCUACCACUGUCCAAUACUACGACAACGGGUGUGAUCGACAAGCUGAUGGAGUUGUUCGCACGGUUUGGUCUGCCUUCAACACUCGUCUCGGAUUGGGGCCCACAGUUUGCAUCCACUGAGAUGUCCAAGUUUCUCGCUCAGUUGGGUGUUGAGCAUUGCAAGUCUAGCCCCCGGUAUGCCCGCUCUAACGGUAUGGUGGAGCGACUACAUCGUCUGGUGAAAGAACGAGUUGCCAGCCUGAGACCUCAUCUACCGCUACACCGCCGCAUCACUCAAGUCUUGUUCGACAUUCGCAAUUCGCGGCACCGGAUGCUAGGUACAUCGCCGAGCGAAGCGUUGUUCAGCAGAGUCAUUCGGACACGGGUUCCAGCAUCCAUCACCCCACAGAUCGUCAACCCAUUUGAGCAGAUCAAGGCGAAAGCAGCAAUGGUUGAAGGUCAUGACUCGCGCCGAGGUGUCCGCAAGUUACCCCAUUUGCCAUCAGGUACGCGGGUAGUGCUCCAUGAUGGGUACAGCGACCCUCGAAAAGAAUGGAAGGUAGUAGAGCAGUAUGGUCGUCAGGUUGGGGUCACUGAUGGGUCACGCAUACUGCUCCGGAACCGUCAGCAUGUUACCGAGUUUGUAGCACCAGCAGCAGCAGCAGCAGCGGAGAAAGCACCCAUGAGUGAACCUCUGGCACAGUCAGAGAGGGAGCAUGUGCCAGAGCCAGUGUGUGCUCCAGCACUGCCAGUGUCCGACCCAACAAGCCUUCCGUCAGCGAGCAGCGCAACAUCCAGGCCCGAAGCUCCGGUAACUGCGCUCACAUUGCCGUUGUCUCCUGCAGCUUCACCGGAGACGACAGCAUCACCUGCAACACCGGCCUGUAUGUCACUGUCACCGCCAACAUCUCGUCCAAGUGUAUUCCGCGAGGGCGUACAGACCAGAGCUGGCCGUCAGAUCAAGCUUACAGAGAAAGCACGUGAAGCUGACAUCUGA